AUGAAGAGGGGACGUCCAGCGCCGACCCUACACGUCAUCACCGCGCCUCCUGAUCGGACGGCCGACACGACACCUAACUCGAGGAUCCAACGGCGCGGAUUGGCCACGAGCCCGCUAUAUAAGCAAUCCUCACCCACCCACGCGCUCUCUCUCUUUUCCGCCCUCCACCUCUCGCGAGCCUCCAACCCAAGGCUACCAUCCUCCUCCUGCUCGGCGGCGGCGGCGGCGGCAGCGGCGAUGCAGAUGGCGGCGACCACCACCGACUCCCAGGCGGCCGUGCCUCCGCACCACCCCCACGCCCACCCGCACGCGCACCCGCACCCGCACCACCCCAUGGCGCAGGCGCGGUGGGUCGUCCUCCCAUACCCGCCGCCGCCGCCGCCCAUGGUGGCCGCGCCGCCGCCUCCGCCGCCGCAGUACGCCAAGCACUUCGCGGCGGGGCCGCCGCCGCCGCCCCCCGCCGCCGCUGGGCGACGCACGCCCACCCCGCCCGCCGCCGGAUCCGGCGGGAACGGGUGCGAGGAGAAUAAGACGAUCUGGGUCGGCGACCUCCAGUAUUGGAUGGACGAAAACUACCUCCACAGCUGUUUCGGCACCAGCGGAGAGGUAGUGACGAUAAAAGUUAUCCGCAAUAGACAAACUGGACAAUCCGAGGGAUAUGGUUUUGUAGAGUUUUACUCCCACGGAUCGGCAGAGAAGGCUCUUCAGAAUUUUACUGGUCAUGUGAUGCCUAAUACUGAUCGACCUUUCAAGUUAAACUGGGCAUCAUACAGCAUGGGUGAAAAGCGAUCUGAAGUUGCUUCUGACUACUCAAUAUUCGUUGGUGAUCUAGCUGCUGAUGUUACGGAUGAAAUGUUGAUGGAGCUUUUUGCUGACAAGUACCGCUCUGUGAAAGGAGCUAAAGUUAUUAUUGAUGCAAACACAGGCCGUUCUAGGGGCUAUGGGUUUGUUAGAUUUGGAGAUGAUAAUGACAAAUCUCACGCAAUGACUGAAAUGAAUGGUGCAUAUUGCUCUACUAGGCCAAUUCGUAUAGGACCUGCAACUCCCAGAAGGUCUUCAGGUGAUUCUGGCUCCUCGACACCUGGGCAUUCGGAUGGUGAUUUUACUAACAGAACGGUUUAUGUUGGUGGGCUCGAUCCAAAUGUUAGUGAAGAUGAGCUCAGGAAGGCAUUUGCCAAAUAUGGAGAUGUUGCCUCCGUAAAAAUUCCUUUAGGGAAGCAAUGUGGCUUUGUUCAGUUCGUCAGCAGAACUGAUGCGGAAGAAGCACUUCAAGGAUUAAAUGGAUCAGUCAUUGGAAAGCAGGCAGUUCGCCUUUCAUGGGGCCGCAGCCCAUCACAUAAACAGUCUAGGGCCGAUUCUGGCAACCGAAGAAACAACAUGUACUAUGGCACACCAUUCUACGGUGGAUACGGCUACGCCUCCCCUGUCCCACACCCUAACAUGUAUGCCGCUGCAUAUGGAGCCUACCCUAUGUACGGCAAUCAGCAGCUAGUGAGCUAGAGAGAGAGAGCUUCACUCCAUUCCCUCCGAUGGAAAACAAGGUUUUGGUCCAGUCAGCAUAGUAGCGCCAGAUGUGAGGUUAUAGAUCGUCCUAAAAAGUGAGUGAAACAGGUAAAAUGAAGUGUAUCCGUAGUGUCUGUGUUGCAAAGAACUAUGGCUCAAGGCUUGUAGACGUACACCGGCGAGUCGAUGGUAUUCUUUCAAGAAAUUUUGACUUGCUAAUAAAUUAAACUAUUUGUUUGUGUGCC